AUGAUGCAGAAAAAUGUAUCCAUGCUUUUGUCACUUCUAGUGCUAUUCUCCCUACUAUUUUCCAAAGCAAAUGUAAGAGGACUGGAUGAAUUCAUUGCAUCCAUAUACUGCCUGGGAAGUUGUCAUCUUUUCCUUAAUGCUUUGUGGGGCGCCCUAGACACAUUGAUAGCCUUUUUCUUUCCAUGCUCUGUAAUGGUGGGUUUGUAUACCAAAAUAUCUUUGGUGGCAAAAAAACAUAUAAACAAGAUUGAAGACAGACAAAAUAAUUCCAAUGAGGGAGGUAGAGGUGUGGUGUCUCAACGGUCAGAGCGGAAAGCAGCUAAAACUUUAGGCAUUGUGGUGGGUGUUUUCAUCUUUUGCUGGCUGCCUUUCUUUGUUAAUUCCAUAGUUGAUCCAUACACAAACUUUAGCACACCACCUAUUCUCUUUGAAGUGUUUAUCUGGCUGGGUUACUUUAAUUCUACUGCAAAUCCAAUCAUCUAUGCACUGUUUUAUCCAUGGUUUCGAAAAUGUCUUAAUCUCAUUGUCACAUUGAAAAUAUUCAAUAGAAAUUCUUCUUAUAUAAAUGUAUUUGCUACUACAUGA